GAAAGUAGUACUUGAUCAUUGAUCAGGUUAUCUAAGUGUAUUCCCGUGAGCCGUUGCCCUCGUCUCUCCAAUUAUAAAUUCAUUCCCUCCCCUCACCUUUCCACUCCAUCGUUCUCCUCUUCUCUCUUUUCAAGCUCCAACAAUGAAGCUCCUUCCAAUGGCGAUUUUUUUGCUUUUUGCUCUCUUCGUCGUCUCAUCAGCCAUGGACAUGUCGAUCAUAGGCUACGACGCAACCCACAUGACCACCUCCGAUGCAUCCUCCUCGAGCUGGCGCACCGAUGAUGAAGCCAACGCUAUGUACGAGUCUUGGCUCGUCAAACAUCGUAAAUUUUACAACGCCCUCGGAGAGAAGGAGCAGAGGUUUCAGAUCUUCAAAGACAACCUUAGGUAUAUAGAACAGCACAACUCCGGCGAUCACUCCUACAAGCUUGGACUUAACAAGUUCGCAGAUCUAACCAAGGAAGAGUUCCGGUUAGGCUACACCGGCGCUAAGACGGUCGGUUCUAGGCGGAAGUCGAACAACUUGAAGAGUGAUCGUUAUGCUCCCCGUUCCGGCGAUGCCCUGCCUGAUUUCGUUGACUGGAGGACCAAAGGUGCCGUCGCUGCCGUCAAAGAUCAAGGAAGUUGCGGGAGUUGCUGGGCAUUUUCAACAAUCGGAUCAGUAGAAGGGAUUAACCAGAUCACGACUGGUGAAUUGAUCACACUUUCAGAACAAGAACUGGUGGAUUGUGAUACAUCAUACAACGAAGGAUGCAAUGGUGGUGAUAUGGAUUAUGCUUUUAAAUUCAUCAUCAAAAAUGGCGGAAUAGACACUGACACAGACUAUCCCUACACUGGCAAAGAUGGAAGAUGCGACAGUUCCAGGAAAAAUUCAAAGGUUGUUUCUAUUGAUAGUUAUGAAGAUGUUCCUGUGAACGAUGAGUCAGCAUUGCUGAAGGCUGCUGCAAAUCAGCCUGUAACUGUUGCUAUUGAAGCUGGUGGCAGGGAUUUCCAGUUCUACACUUCGGGCAUCUUUACCGGUCAAUGUGGGACCGAUUUGGACCACGGUGUGGUUGUGGUCGGAUACGGGACUGAAGAUGGAAAGGACUACUGGUUAGUGAGAAACUCAUGGGCUGCGGACUGGGGUGAAGAAGGUUACAUAAGAAUGGAAAGAAAUAUAAAAGAAAAAGUUGGUAAAUGUGGAAUAGCAAUGGAAGCAUCUUACCCGAUUAAAAACGGUCAAAACCCACCUAACCCUGGUCCAUCACCACCUUCACCGGUCAAACCUGAAAUCAUCUGCGAUCAAUACGCCACUUGCCCUCAAAGCACCACAUGUUGUUGUGUCUAUAACUACCAUGGCGCGUGCUUUGCGUGGGGAUGCUGCCCCUUGGAAGGUGCUUCUUGUUGUGAUGAUAAUUACAGUUGCUGCCCUCAUGAUUAUCCCGUUUGUAACUUGCGCCGUGGCACUUGCUCAAAGAAGAAGAAUAGCCCAUUGGAAAUCCAGGCGUUGAAGCGUAUUCUUGCUACACCGACUGAUUUGAAGAGGAACUAUGCUUGAGGAAAUGAUGUGAUUUGUGUUAUUGAAGUUUUUAUUUAACUUUAAACUAUUUGAUUACCAUCUGAUUAUAAAUAUAAUCAGAUGCUCAUUUGUAAAUACUGCAUUGAUUCCUCCUGUACUGAAUUUGAUCAAGAGACAAGUUCAUGCUUUUCCUUUUUA